AUGGUAAUGAGUCACUCGUGCCAGAGUCACUUGUGCCAGAGUCACUCGUGCCAGAGUCACUCGUGCCAGAGUCACUCGUGCCAGAGUCACUUGUGCCAGAUUCACUCGUGCCAGAGUCACUCGUGCCAGAGUCACUCGUGCCAGAGUCACUCGUGCCAGAGAUCCAGCAUGUUCUGCUACCACUGCCCUCCAUCCCUUCAUCCUCCAACUCCUCCCAGACUUCCACCUCUGGAUUUCCCAUAUCCACCAACUCAUCCAUACUCAAGCUACGGCUACCAUCCUGAGCUCCACGACGACACCUUCGUCAGGAGGAAACAGAGGCGCAACAGAACCACGUUCUCCUUACAACAGCUGGAGGAGCUGGAGAAGGCGUUCGCCCAGACGCACUACCCCGACGUGUUCACCCGCGAGGAGCUUGCCAUGAAGAUCAGCCUGACGGAGGCGCGGGUGCAGGUUUGGUUCCAGAACCGACGCGCCAAGUGGCGUAAGUCUGAGCGCCUCAAGGAAGAGCAACGCAAGCGAGACUCCGGCGCCGGCGCAGCGCCGGACGAACACCCCAACGCCGGCGCCGAUUCUGCGCAGACUGGUGCAGGUGAUGAUGUGGAGGUGGAGGCUGAGGGUGAUGACGAUGGUGGUGAUGCUGGACGUGAUGACGUGCGCAUCACCGACGCUGAGAUGUUACUUCAUCACCCUCUUGCGGUGCUCACUCACCAGCAUCACCUGCAUCACCACCACCAUAACCUCACCAGCACCGCUGACAACAGUGAUGAAGCCGCUACCGCGGCGGUGAGGCCGGCGUCGCCGCAGCGCAGCGCUGCCUCGCAUGCCGACGUGCCGGUGUCGGCGACGGUCUGCCCGCCAAUCCUGCGGCCCUCCGGCUUCGUCGGGGCAGGGCUUGGCUCGUCGGCCCUAGGAGGGGCGGGUCUUGGCUCGUCGGCCCUAGGAGGGGCGGGUCUUGGCUCGUCGGCCCUAGGAGGGGCGGGUCUUGGCUCGUCGGCCCUCGGAAGUGCCGGUCUUAUCUCUUCUUCCUUAGGAGGGCCAGGAGGACUUGGCUCAUCGGCCUUAGGAGGGGCGUGUCUGACCGGCCAAGGACUGGGCGGGACCGGCUUGAGCGUCGCCGGCAUCACGGGAUCAUCGUUCGUCCCUCAUCUAUUCCCCUCAUUGUUAGAGAGCAGGUUCAGACCCUUGCUUGAGCGCUCGUCUGGACUCUUCUUGGGGCAUCAUCUCCACAACCCACUUACGACCCACCUCUUCCCCCACCUCAAAGGUUUCCCCGGCUUGUGUGGCUGUUGCCCCACCAAGCCACCAUCGUUUUCCCCUCUUCCUCCCCUCUCACCCAGCACUAGUAGCCAGGCCUCCCCUCUAUCCCCAAGCCUAUCAUCUCUAUCCCAAUCCCUCGCGGGUGGGGAAAGCUCCCCAUGUUUGGCAUCUCUUUCAUCCCACUUGCAUUCCCCUCUGGCCAGCCACAUCGCCGCUGCGGUCCACCAUCACCACCAGAAUUCUGAUCUUGCCACUCACAACAACCGACAACAACCAGGGUUGGGGGUUACAUCGGUGGCCUCUUUGUCACCUUUGUCUCCCAACAACAACAACAAUAACGAAAUAAACAAGAACAACAACAACAGCAGCAACGGUGGUUCUGGAGAUUCCAAAGAAGAAGCUAGUAGUGACCCUAGAACUUCGAGUGUUGCAGAACUUCGUCGUAAAGCUCAGGAACAUUCGGCGGCAGUUCUACAGAGUCUGCAGGCUGCAUCUCUGCAUUCUCUCAACAGCGCAGUCUUGCCGGCUGUAUUCGUUUUAAUGAAAUACGACGCUAAUUUUGCGCGAAACUUCCGUGAAGAGGAGAAGAGGGACAGGAGGGAGAGAAGAGGGGGUGAAGAGGAGAAGAGGGAAGAAGGGAGAGGAGGAAGAAGAAAAGGGGUGAAGAGGUGGUGGGUGGAAGGCUGGAGAAGAGAAGAAAAGGGUGAAAGUGGUGGAGUGGAGAAGGAAAGUGAUACGAAGAAGAGAAUUAACACGACGCAGGAAGACGUGAAGAAAGUGAAGGAGAAAGGGAGACUGGGAGAGGGACUCUACUGA